AUAUAUAAAGGCUUGCGAGACCUCGAACUGUUUAGUCUGUCUACGCGGUCCCGUUGAACCGGUCGCGGGCUGAUUGACCCUCACUACCUUCGUUCGUUUAUUUCCACUUCUCACCUAAAUCACACAUUAAAUAUGAGGGCAAUCGUCUUAUUAGCAGCCCUAGCGGUAGCAACUGUUUGCCAUGCCGCUACACCAGAAGUGAGGUUUGCUUGGAAACAGAUGGAUUUUACUUGGGAGUCUCCAGAAAUUCGAGAGACUGCUAUCAGCGAGAAGCGCUUCAUACCUGAGAACAAUCUUCCUUUGGGGCUAGCUCGCUGGCGGAAUAAAGUCUUCGUUACUGUACCGAGAUGGAAGGCUGGAGUGGCUUCUACACUCAACUACGUCGACCUCGAUGGCCCACAAGACCAACUCCUGAAACCCUACCCGUCUUUUAAAGACAAUUUUGUACCCGAUACAGCCACAGAGCUACCUUCAAACAGCUCUCUAAUCUCAGUGUUCCGUGUAUUCGUCGACGAAUGCGAUAGGCUUUGGGUCAUUGAUUCUGGAAUGGCAGAUAUUUUUGGUGCUGGAAAUCAAGUCAAUGGUCCCUCAAUUGUAAUAUUUGACUUAAAAACCGAUCAGUUGAUUCAUCGCUAUCAAUGCAAAGCUUCAGAUAUGAAAGAGGACUCAUUCUUUGCAAACAUUGUUGUGGAUGUGACUAAGGACACCUGCGAUGAUGCUUACGCCUACAUUCCUGAUCUUGGUGGUUACGGGGUAGUCGUGUACAGUCUGAAACAGGACGACUCUUGGCGUAUUACGCACCACUACUUCCACUUUGAACCUCUGGCUGGAUCCUACAAUGUUAGCGGCAUUGAGUUCCAGUGGACCGAUGGUGUGUUUGGAUUAGCUCUCUCGGAACCAAGAGAAGACGGGUAUCGGACAAUGUUCUUCCACGCAUUCUCCAGCACCAAGGAGUUCUGCGUGUCCACAGAAUUGCUUCGCAACUACAACCAUAUCGACAAGCUCGAAGCGUUCCACGACUUCAAGCUGCUGGGUGACAGAGGACAAAAUACACAAUCGGCUGCCAGUUUCUACGAUCCCAAAACUCACGUGCUGUUCUACACACAGGUGAACCGCAACGGCAUAGCGUGCUGGAAUUCCAAAAAGCCGUAUACAAUUGAUAACAAUCCACUUAUUGUCAGCAACCCGGAAUUGUUUGAGUUCCCUAACGACAUGAAGGUUGACGAUGAAGGGACUUUAUGGGUGCUUACAGACAAACUCGCUCGUUUCCUCUACAGAACAAUCGACCCCAACCAAGUGAACUACAGAAUACUCAGUAUCGAUACUAAGAAGGCGGUAGAAGGAACGGCUUGCGAAUAGAUUGUAGUUCAAUAUUAAUUUACGACUAUGACAUUAUAAUUUUAUUAAAACUGUUAGUUUUAAGAAAGCUGUUUUUUUUACGAAAUAUGAAGAUAAGAAACUAUUUCGCAGCUUUAACUUGGAAUAAUAAAUUGGAUUGACGGAAAUUACUCUUAUUAUAAGAAGACUUAAAAAGCAUAAUCUCAUUUUUGAGAUGAAUGCAUAAUGUACAAUAAACAUUUAAAAUCCUAAAUCUUUAGUUAUAAGAAAACGUUAAAUUCAAAUAACUUGAAUAACACAUUUUUAUUUAUGAAUUCCAAGUUUGUUUGCAAUGCAAAUCAUACACGUACUUAACUUUGGAAUUGUCAUUAGGUAUAUAUAGUAGUAAGUUUUAUUAAUUAGUAUUUGCUUUAAAUAUACUGUCUGAGUGUGAUUGAUAUCUGUGUUAUAUUAUUAUAAUAUAUAAAUCAUAUUUUACUAACAGCAAUGCAUGUUUGUAGUUUGCCAAUUUAUGGCGUGAUAUAGAGACCAUGUCAAUAAAUAUGAUACUGAUAAUAAUGAUAACACAUUAAUAUAGUUCAGUACUUGUUUAUAUGUAUGACAUUUUUCAGCAAUAGCCUAUGUAAAUUCUCAAUUUACCUGAGAUUGUUAAUAAAACAUGUGCAGCGUUUAA